CAGAUCAGCUAUCUACGCUGCACGUGUCUGACCCAAACCCCGACGACGCUUUCCAAGGUUUUCUCCUUCUUUUUAUCUAUCUCCCACGCUAAAGAGGAGAGAGACAGUACACAACACAACCAUCUUCCUUCCAUGUUUUUUUUUUUGUUGGCGCAGGUGCAGCCGUGCAGGGUGGGGGAGCAAUAACCAUUGAGCCAAGAGGGGCGAUAGAACUUAGAAGAAGCUCUCGCUCAAGCCUCAAGAGAAUCUUCAACUUCAUUAUUUAAGCUGGAGGAAUCACGAUUCUAUAAUUCUCGGUGAUUGACCCACCAUUGAUGAAGCUAUACUCUGGUGAUGGAGGCGGAAAUUCCGACUAACUUUACCUACAUGGGGCGGAGCUUCGGUGAACUUAGCAUUAAUGAUGACUCAUCUUCUGCUUUCAGUGACUGCAACAGCGAUCGAUCAGGCGAAUUCCCCACGGCCUCUGCGCAUAGCCGCCGCCUCCUAGUCGCUUGUGCCUCUGGGGAUUCUGACGAACUGAUCCGUCAGCUUGUCUCCGAUCUCGAGUCCGGCUCGCUCUCCUUGCAGAGGCAGGCGGCCACGGAGAUAAGACUCCUAGCUAAGAACAAGCAGGAAAACCGCCUCAAGAUCGCUCGAGCUGGCGCGAUAAGGCCUCUAAUUUCACUAAUCUCCUCUUCUGAUUCUCAGCUUCAAGAGAAUGGUGUCACCGCGAUAUUAAACCUGUCUCUGUGCGACGAGAAUAAGGAUCUAAUUACCGUGUCGGGAGCAAUUAAGCCCUUGGUGAGAGCUCUCAAGUCCGGAACAGCGACCGCGAAGGAGAACGCCGCGUGUGCUCUGCUUCGCCUCUCGCAGAUCGAGGAGAACAAAGUUGUAAUUGGGCGGUCCGGAGCCGUCCCACUUCUUGUUUACCUACUGGAGAAUGGUGGUUCUCGCGGGAAAAAGGACGCAUUAACGGCUCUUUACUCUCUCUGUUCAGUGAAGGAGAACAAAAUCAGGGCGAUUCAAGCCGGGAUAAUGAAACCGCUUGUGGAAAUAAUGGCGGGUUUCGAGACGGGUAUGGUUGACAAAGCGGCUUACGUUUUGAGCACCCUGGUUUCUGUAGCGGAAGGGAAAACUACUUUGGUCGAUGAAGGUGGCAUCCCAGUACUGGUGGAGAUCGUGGAGGUGGGAACGCAGAGACAGAAAGAGAUAGCAACGGCGGUUCUUUUACAGAUUUGCGAGGACAACUUGAUUUAUCGUACCAUGGUAAGCCGGGAAGGGGCGAUACCGCCGUUGGUGGCUUUGUCACAGUCCGGCACCACUCGCGCCAGAGAGAAGGCGGAGGCACUUAUUGCUCUACUCCGGCAACCGAGAUCCGGGAACAACGAGGCGAGGACGUCAGAUGUGUCAGACUAGUGAGUCUCGGCCACCGACCACCGUUAAGAAAAAUCAAACGACGAGAACACCCAUCGAUGGGAGAAAGAAAAAGAAAACGGGUUGAAGUAAAAAAGAUGUAAAUAUAAAGCUAUCGAGACUGUAAAUUCAUGAUAGUGAAGUUCUGAAGUGGAUCUACUGGUCUAUGUCUAAUGUCUAUGAUAUGUGAUUUGAAUUGAAGUAGUCUUGGAAGGUUGGAUUGAGAUAUUUUUUGUUUUUUUAAUAUUAAUGAGUCAAGUAAGGAGGUUUCCUACACGACUCAUCCUACUUUUGCCAUGUGGAGAUGAUGUGGCUAAUUUGAACCAUCCACCAAGUGAAUGAGCCUCUCUCACCCAGUGUAUAAA